AUGAAUGUCCUACAGAAAAUUCAGAAUACUAUGAUCCAAUUCAAUGUUUUUUAUACCAAGUAUCUUCAGGCUUAUGCAAUUUUAGACCAGAUGAGUCCGGCCGACCAGAAUAUCAGAGUUUCACUUCAAUAUAACAAGUCGACUGAUAGUAGGCGUUAUAAUCUUCCGACAACAUAUGAGAUUGCGGUUAUCGUUCCAGAAAAUACUUAUAAGGAGACUGGGGUGCGAGAUAUUAUAUUGAAUUUGAGAGAAAACAAUGGAUUGAAACAAAUUUCGGAGUGUCAUCCGGCAUACUUGCCUUUACAUUAUGUUUUACUAUUUCCUUUUGGUGAGCUGGGAUGGUCACCAACAAUGAGGCAAUGGGAUGUAGUCACCAAAACCUAUACGAAAACAAAAUUAUCUCAAAUGGAGUACUACAGUUACCGCAUAUUUGAACGUGCAGAAGAAUAUUCAACCAUCUUAAGAGCCGGAAAACUAUUUCAAGAGUUCUUAGUUGAUGCAUGGGCUGCUACAGAGCAAAGUAAGUUGGCAUGGCUCAGAUUCAACCAACCAACUCUGUGUUCUGACCUCUACAGUUGCAUUGCAGAUAUGACAAAUGCGGAUUUAAAUCCGGGUGAUAGAGGUAAUCCUGUUAUUUUACCAUCUUCACACACUGGAAGCGGGAGGAAUAUGUACGAGAUAUACCAGGAUUCGAUGGCUAUUACACGUUUUCAUCACCAUCCAGAUAUUUUUCUUACAAUGACUGCAAACCUAAAUUGGCCAGAAAUAAAAAAUGCACUUUUACCCAAUCAGAGUGUCACUGAUCGUCCUGAUUUGGUAGCUCGAGUUUUUGAGCUGAAAAGAAAAGCAUUAAUGAAAGAAAUAAAGGAAAAAAAGGUGUUCGGCACGGUGGUCGCCCAUGUUUAUACCAUCGAGUUUCAAAAACGUGGGCUACCACAUAUGCAUGCUCUUAUAUUUUUGAAAGAUUCGGAAAAAAUUCGUACGGCAUACAUGGUUGAUAAAUUUGUUUUGGCUGAAUUUCCUAAUGAGAUAAAUGACCCAAUACUGUUUGAUACCGUAAGCAAAUGUAUGGUUCAUGGUCCAUGUGGAAAGCGAGAUCCAUAUGCAGCGUGUAUGGAAAAAGGAAAAUGUACAAAAGGAUAUCCUAAGAAGUACACCGACACAACAACUUUGGACGAGGGUGGGUAUCCGAGUUAUCGUCGUCGUCGGGAUGGAAUAGAAGUAACUGUCAGAAACAACAAAAAGGCGUAUAAUAUAGAUGUUGUACCCUAUAACCCGCAUCUGUCAAAAAUGUUCAAUUGCCACAUCAAUGUGGAAAUAUGUGCAGGAAUAAGAGCUGUAAAAUAUAUUAACAAAUACAUUUACAAAGGUGGUGACCGAGCUACGAUGGUUUUGGGAGAACAUGACGAGAUUCAACAAUAUAUUGAUGCGAGGUACAUUGGACCACAUGAGGCUGUAUGGCGUUUGAUUGAGUACCACUUGCAUGAAGAAUAUCCUGUUGUAAAACGGUUGGCAAUUCAUUUACAGAAUAGGCAACGGGUUGUUUAUAACACAAGGAAAUCAAUGACCUCGGUUAUAUGA